ACUAAUAUAGAACGAAAUUGCUGCGCGCGUUCAGUUAAGAACAGAUGACGUCGUCUGCGCCGCUAAAAAAGAAGUAAAAAAAGACCUUCGAAUCUCAUCUUCCCAACUCCACAUCUUAUUGUCCCCCUCGCCUCGUCCAGUCAUAAUAAACUCACGAUUUGCCUCCGUCAGUUAUUUGGCUCGAACCUUCUUCUCAAAGUGGGGGAGGAGGAAUCUGUGGGACAUCAUAUCCGCUGUCCGGCUUAGAUCGCGCCUGGUCCAAGUUGCGCUUGAAUCAUAGUUUACUGAACGAUUUUAAGAACUUCUUGCUGUAUAAAUAGUUAAACCUCUCCGGGACCUGUUUGUUGUUCACCGGCAUAUUCGCAUAUUUAGUUCAUAACUACCUACUCGCAACCCCUGAAACGCCCAAGCCUUAUAUAGUCUGGAGCCUUUACUCGCCUCACGAUUCAGCGAGCUGCGGAUCUAAUUCACAUGGGACAGAGACUUUAACGCAUAUCCAACCUGGUCGUUUCGAUUCUAGGCCUUAACUCUAUACGACCCGGACUAAGGGAGCCUGAGCAUCCAGAGUCAAAAAAAAGUAACAAAGAAGAUUAGUUCUGUUUGAGAAUCGAGCGAAAGGCGCAUUUGUCGCGGAACGGGAAUCGGUCGCACUCCGAUUUCGCAGCAGCUAAGCUCCGUUUCCUCAACCCGUUUACAUCAUCAGUUCUACUUUUCUUUUUAUCCCUUAAUUGCGCUUUCGUUCUUGCGACUCGUUUCUCUUUCUCAUUCUCAGAGGUCAAGAACGCUUUUACACAUAUCAAAAAUGACGACACCUACGUUGAUCGAUCUUCCUCCGCCACCUUCUGACCCCGUAACACCGUCACCGUCAGACAUGGGCCCUGGCACACCCAAUUCUGGCACAACAUCACUCUCCGCGCUCUCAACCAUAGCCAUCAAGGAUGGCCACCAAGGCAGCCGCUACCACACCCGCCAUGGCCAUCGGUCAUCAAACGCUUCCGAAACGUCCACAACAACACUGGAUGCAGAACGCGCAGAUCGUAUCUCACGCUUAGCAGGCCUGGAGCGCGUAGCCACGAGACCCAACGGAGCCGGGACGACCCCUUCAGCCAACACGCAUGGGCUGCCAGGUGGAUUCACCAUUCAACAAACCCCAGGCUACUUCGACCAUCUGCAACAACCUUACCUAAAAGAACGAAGCACAGUCGGCAGCGCCAGCGCCACGGGCUCCGUCGGCGGCCGCACAACCUGGGCCAGCGGCAGCGACAACCUGGACCAAGACAGACUAGGUGACGACGACGGUGUCUCCAGCUUAGGCGGACUCAGCGACGAAGGAAACUCCAGCCUUGUCGGUUUCGGUGAGGGCGCAAGCAGCACCGUGAGCGGACCCGUUUCAACCUCCGCAGCUCGAAUUUCCGUCGCUUCCAGCAACCGCGGGGUCGGUGGGAGGAGUAGCCCUGCGCCUAACUAUCGGCCACAAACAGGCAGCGGACAUACCUCGUAUACACAGUCAAGCCUUGGAGCAGCGGAGAAUAGCCCUUUCAACUCAUCAACCUCGCCGGCGGGAUCUACUACCCCCGAGCCACAGCUAGUGGCCAACAACGACAACGCGGAGACGAAUUUUGACGCGCGAAUGGUCGACGGCAUGACGUACGACGAGGACAUUGUGGAUACGACAGCUCGACCUCCGGGUCGUGUAGAUCUCGAUGGUAAUGCUCGUUAAGUUCAGAAAUGUCAUUCGGGAUAAAAAAAAUAUGAAAAAACUAAAGUUGAAAGAAUGGAAGGAAAAGGCAAGCGACUCACGAACAAAUGAUGGAAUGAAAGACGAUGUACGAAUGAGUAAAAUUUUGGUUUUUAUUCUUGUUUCAAGGGAAUUUUAUGUGUGUAUUUUUUCAUAUGAUUUCCAAAUUGCUUUUAAAGCUAUCAAAUUUCGUUCUCGGACGAGGAUAUGGGGGUGGGAACAAGAAAGGGGAGCUGUUAUUAUUUUUUGACUCCGAUUCUUUUGCUACUUUUGUUCUCAAGGUAGUGUCGUUUUUCUUCUUCGCAUCCCUGAUCAUUUUUUUUCUGUCUCUUUUCCUUUCUUGUAUUUUGUCUUUUCUUUCUCCAAGUCUUGCCUUUGUAACAUUGGGCCUUGAUAUCUGAUGGUUGCUACUGUAAAGUUACCCCUUGGAUUGAAACAAAGCAGACAUCCAUGGACAUAUUUUGGUUUUGUUUUUAACUUUUGCUCGGCUUCUCAAAUUUUGGUAUCUUGUAGAGGAUUGUUAACUACUGUGCAAAGAGAUGGUCAGGAAAAAUCUCUCCACAUGCCUUAAAAUGUGGGAAAAGGGGGGCUUCUAUGCAUUGUGGUGUCAUCUAUUUGCAUGGAAAAAUCCAACACAUUCAUUUAUUUAUCAAUGUUCACUGCAAUACCUAACUCAAUUACAGAAUUUCUUUUCUCUUCAUUACAUUUUCACUCCAGCCUGCUAAUCCACAGUUAGGUCUAGGUAGGAUACUGAUAAACCGCUAUUUUGAAUUGGAAGAAUUGCUCAUAUCCUUUGAACGAUUUAAAUUAAAUAGAUAUACCGGGAAUAAAUUAAA